AUGCUACUUGAUGCACAUGAAGAAUCCACUGGACUCCUGCCGCAGACAGUUCUGCUUGCUGCUGAAGGCUGCGACGCCCUCGACGCGCCCCUGAGCGCACUCAGAAGUUCUGGCAUCGUCGAGCUGGUCGAACUUGACGGCAGCAGCCUUGAAGCGCGCAUCGAAGAGGUCACUCCCUCGCUCGUCAUCGCGGGCCCCGGUGUCAACUCGGCCAUCAUCGGUGCGCUUGCCCGCAAAAAGUCCAUCAGCCGCAUUCUGCCACCGUUCCUGCGCUUCGUUACAAGCACCGAAACCGAAGAAGACGACCUCUAUCUUGGGUUCGACGACUUUGUGGUAGCAUCCUGCUCCGCCGCCGAGUUGGAGAAGCGAAUCAGGCGGCUGACGAAUGCAUCAAGGUCGCGAGAGCCGUCCCACCUGACUGCCGGCCCCAUCACAAUUGACGCGGAAAAAUACCGCGUUACAGUGGACGGCAAAAACAUCGGUCGCGUCUUUACCAGGGAAGACCUUCUCAUGAGAGUAUGGGGGCACAAGCACUACGGCCACACCCGCACCGUGGAUGUACACAUACGCCGCCUCCGCCACAAGCUCGGCGCGCGCGGCAGCAACUGCAUCCACACCGUCAACAACGUCGGCUACGGCUUCAUCGAACCCACCGGCAGCCAGCCAUAG